AUGCGAACCUUUAAAUCGUCGCCAUCGAUUAUUUCGCCGAACGUUUGUUUGCUUUUCCAUUUGCUUACAUACCAAAUAUUUUUAUUGGUAUCAAGCUCGCAAACAUCGUCGUCGUCGACGGCGAAUAAUUUUCAAGUUCGCGAUAAAAAUUUAUCUCAAAUUAGAAGAUGUUGUCAUCCGAACUACGAAUUGCUGCAUGAUCGAACGGGAAAUAACUAUUUUUGCGGGAAAUUGACACAAAAUGAGGCGAAAAUUGACUUUUUCAACCUUGAAAGUGAGGAAAUUUACGGAAUUCCCGAUUGUGGAAAAAAUUUCGAAGCGAAUUUCAAGUGCUUGGAUGUCUUGAAGGGACGUCCCGUGGAAGUUUUUUGUGCGGAAAGUCGAAAUAAUGGAAAAAUUUUCGGUGUUAUUAGUCAUCGCACGUAUCGGACAAUGAGAAAAUGUUGUCCCUUUGAUAAAAUUUACGAUUCAAAGGAGAAAAUUUGUGUUUCGAGUAAUAUUUCAAAGGAAAUUAUCAGUGAAAAUUUAUCACGAAUCGGUUCAAAUUUCAUCUCGAACUCGAGUUUUAAUUUGUGUCCCAUUAACGAAGUUGUACUCGAAAAAAGUCACCCAAUAAAUAUCACAAAAUUCGAUUAUUCCACGGAUUUUUGUCUGGAUCUCGCUUCUGAUGACGAAGGAAAUCUUCAUUGGAUCACCCAUUCUUGUCAUUCGCCGAAAAUUUGUUAUUUUGUGCCUUGCGUUCGGAAAUGCUGCAAAUUUGGAGAUAUGAUUAUUCGAGCAAAUGGCAGUUCGAUUUGCGUUCCAUUUCAAGGAAGCAUCAAAACCGACUUUCACAGCGUCGAAAAUUGGUUGGCGACGGAACAAGCAAUUCAAAAAGUUGAUGUGAACGUUCACGGCAUCCUUCAAACGCAAUCAUGUCACAGAUACCCACUUGAUCCCGAUUUCCCCGAAGACGCGCAUUACUUCGAGCACACAAGCGGCAAUUUGUACUUGAAUUCUACCGAGACCCCGUUCAAAAACGACAAUUAUUGUCGCGAAAUGGUGAAUAGCACUCUAAUGACGUUCGUUUGUGCGUUGGAACCUCCUUCAAUCAACUACUUUUACGUCGUUGGAUUCGUUUUGUCUGCCAUCGGAUUUGCAAUGACAAUUGUGGUUUACUUGUGUUUCAAGCAGCUCCAUGGAAAUUUGCAUGGGAAAAUUGUCAUGUGCUAUAACGCGUGUUUCCUCAUCGCUUAUUUGAUACUUUUGACAACGACCUUUAUCUACAGUCAUAGUGACACGUUUUCGUUGCGUUGCAGGAUUUUUGGAUAUACUCUUUACUUUACAUUUAUUUGUGGAUUUGUUUGGAGCAAUAUUUUGUGUUUCGAUAUUUGGUUAACGAUUGUAAAAGGAGCCACGAGAAAUUCCAAGCGAUUUUGCUUUUAUUUCAUUUACGCCAAGAUUGUUUCGGGUACUUUGGUGACAAUUCUCUACGCAGCUCGAAACACAAAUUUGCUCCCUUAUAAAUGGAGACCGACUUUCGCCGAAGAUAAAUGUUGGUUUGAUCCUGUGAGGGACAGCACGUCGUUUGUUUUGUAUUUUAUCACGCCAUUGGGCAUCAUGAUCGCCAUCAACUCAAUUUUUUUCGUUCUUACGGCGAUACAUUGCAACAAAGUGAAGCGUGAAAUUAUGAGAGUGCAAAAAUCAAGUAUUCGGGAAAAAAGGAGGAGACUUUUUAAAGUCGAUCGAGCCAUAGUUGCCAUGAACUUAAAACUCUUCACAGUAAUGGGCGUGUCAUGGAUUCUCGAAGUAAUUUCAGCGCUCGACUACAAAAAGCAUUACUUCGUUUUAUGGCAUUUGACGGAUGCGUUCAACGCUUUUCUUGGAGUUUUCGUUUUCCUCGUUUUCAUCUGCAAAGGACGAGUUUUCAAGCUAAUCAAGAAACGUUUAGGAAUUCAGGAGGAAGUUGGUCCCAUGACGAGAACCACAAGUGCCUCUUCGCGAAAAUUCAACACGAUCGACUCGAAGAAGGGAAUUGCGGCAGUCAUGGCUUUGCAACCGCUUGAAAAAUAAUUUUUAUUUUGCUUCAAUGAAGAAAAAAAAGAAAAUUUAUCCGCUUAACCGACUUUUAAUGAGAAAAGUUGAGCAUUCCUAAAAGUGUUACGAAGCCUAGUCAAGUCAAGCAAAAGUUAAGUUAAUGAUAUGAAUAACAAUAAAUCAGACAACUAAACAAUUUUUAAUUAUCAUUGAAGCUUCAAGUGUUUCUUAUUGUCGUUUUGCGAUGAACAAAAAUUACGUUAAAAUUAAAUGGAGAUAAAAGAUGAAUGUGACGGAAGUGCU